AUGAACCCACACAACGAUCAUGAGGAUGAAUCCGUGUGGUAUUGUGGUAGAAAAGCGACUGCUGGUUGUCGGUUUGAACAAGACAAGGAUGGUGAUUGUUUUUUGAAAUUAUUGUACAAGCCUUCCAGCCUAUCCCGAAAUGAGAAUGUUAUUUUUACAGUCGAGAAAAAGCAUGACGAUUUGCCUUUAAAAUUUUCAUUUAUUUGCAGUGGAGGAGAGCAGGUUACAUAUAGUUUAAUAUUCUUGAUGGGAGAAGAAUCAAAAUUCUUUCUUUCCAUUUCAAAUAACUUACAAUAUCUCCGUAAAGUGACUUUUCAUGAAUUGUUUCAAGGAAUGUAUGAUCUGAAUUUGGAUGUACCAAUUGGAACGUCAAAGGAGAUGAAACGAGUGGUUUGCAACAAUCGCAGUCACGUCCUUUUUGAAAUGAUGGAUGAGAGAUUUUAUGUUUAUGAUGUCGAUUCUUUCACGAUGAAGCCAUUCAAAAUUCAUGGACCACGUGAACUGAUUGCUAUCGGAGCAGGUAUAAUGUCUCCCUAUUUUUUACUUAACACAACACAUGAUCCAACUCAAAUUGUUGUUUAUCAAUGUAGUACACAAACAGAGACAACCUUUGAAGUUCCAUGUGAAACCUCAAAAAUCAAAUUCAUGACCUCAUAUUGCAGGGAUUUAUUCAUUUUUGUUUUAGAAAAUAACAAGUUUUAUAUUAGAAAAACUUCUUCAUUCGAUGCUUACGGAUUUAUUUCAUAUCCAAUACAACGUAUGGUAUAUGUAAAGUCACCUUUUGAGAAAGAUGCUCCUGUAGUUCAAGUUUCAACUGGUUUUGCACAUGUGGCUGUUUUGCUACAAAACGGACGGGUGUUCAUAAGAGGCCUCAAUAAUUAUGGGCAAAUCCCGAAUACCUCCGGAACCGAUCAAGACUCAUUCGUUGAAAUCAAUACUGAUGCAUUCCCUGUUCGAUCAUUAUGUUGUGGUUCUAUUUGCACGUGUUUAGUUAGUGAAAACGGUGAAAUAAUUUUCUUUGGUGAAGUUGUCACUGCAUUCAAAUCGCAGACCAAUAUUGAUCCAAAGUUUCGCAAGUACAACAAGAUUUGGGUAAUGAAAAAAGAGUAUCCGGAUCAAGAGGUGAGCUUGGGACCAUGGCAUGCAUUUGUUUAUAGAAAACGUAUCAACAUCAAAAAGGCAGACAUGCAAUUCUUUUUAAAGUUGAAAGAGAUCGCUACUAGAGGUGCAUUGUGUGACAUUGCUGUCCUUUCCCCGAUCACAAACGAAUAA